ACAUUUGACUGAGGAUGUCUUUUGAAUAAAGACGAAACGUCUCAAACAGAAAAUAGUCGAUUUUCAUGAUGAAAAAGGUGGUGUAUCUCUUAUUAUCUUUAUUUUUUUUGUUCCGGUGAUAUGUUCAAUAGAUACUUCGUAUAUUUUGUUUGGUUCAUUCAACUAAAAAUAUUUUUAUUUUUUACUUCUAGUUUCUGAAGAAGAAAAUGAAAUUUGUGAUACACAUUAGGUAACAUCAUUAGGUACAAAUAUAACUAUUAAUUCAACACAUCGUUAUGAUAUUCGUCGUAAUAGUAACAAUAGUAACAUGAUGUCUUCGUCUAUGAAAACAGGAUUAACAACACUCGAUCACAUCUAUAAUUGUUAUGAUGAUUUUAAUAAUUGGUUGAUGAAUAGUAUACGCUCUGGUUCAAUUAUACGCUUAAAAUAUGCUUAUGAAAAAAUGUUAUCGAUGACGGGUGACAAAAUGCCAAUGCACGAAUUCAAAAAAACAAUAGUAAGCCAUAAUAAUAAUAAAAUCAAGUUAUAUAUGCGUCCAAGAAAAGGGACAUUUAUAACUAUGUCAACACCAGAACAAUAUGCUAAUUUAUUAAUAAAUAGUAGUUCAGAUGGAGAAGAUCUUGAUCAACAAAAAUUUUUUGAUAGUGUUCCAGUAUUAGUACAAAAUUUUAUAUCAUUAUGCACAUUAAGUAUAAAUGAUUAUGAAAAUUUUAAGACAAAUGAUCUUGAUUUAUUUGAUUUUAAUACAUUAUUUUUCAAAAACUAUCAUAAAGUUUUGAAAAUAUCAUCGAUAUGUUUAGAUUUAAUGUAUUGUAGAAAUGAUGAUUACAUUACACAUAAACAUGUAUUGUUAGCUAUGACAAUAUUGAGAUUAUCUGGAUCUAUAUAUUUAAUUCGAAUAUUAAAUAGAUUUGGAAUUACAUCAUAUAUUGAAACAAUAGAAAGGUUGAAAACAGAAGCUGCUGAAGAGGCAUCUAGUCCAGAUGAAUUACCCAAAGAUAUUGAACCCAAUAAUUUUGUUAUAAAGGUUGUCGAUAAUUGUGAUCUUAACACAAAAAGUACAUUAGAUGGAACAGGUAGUCUUCAUUAUGUUAAUACAUUAUUUAUUCAAUAUAUUGGUCAACCCAAAACAGAAAACAAUGAUGAUUAUAACGAAGAUAAUGAUGACGAAAAACAAGAGCAAAAUAGACCAAGAAAGCGUAAAUUUAAGGUGCGGAAAAUCAUUAAUAACAGUACAUCUGUAUCAAUUCAACAAAUAACUAACGUUACAAGAAGUCAAAAUACCAGGUCAACAUUUGAUGUUAAAACAAUAGUUACAACAAGCUGUACAACGUAUCUCGCGAAACACCGAUUCCUUUAG